AUGAAUGUUCCAGACCAGAUUGUCAAAGUACCCGAAUACUGUGAGUCUGUAAAGGUUGUGAAAGUCAAGGUCAAGAAGCGCCAAGCCGUAACUCCCUCUACCAUAGUAUGCACACUGGAAGUCCCUGGACAUCCCAAAAUGAACAUAAACGGCCCAGGCUACGGGAAGGUGACGAUGCUUUGUCAAGAGGGCUGUACACUUGGACCUAAAGAAGGAGGUGUUUGUGGCGAGAGAAUCACUGAAGCCUCUGCAAGUAUUCCUAUGGUCCACAUGAUUCCCGAUCUGCACGUCAGUGAGUCGGUUGCUGCUGAAAUUGCACUUAGAGAUGAGGAAUCCCUUCUGACUGCGAGGAAACUUGCCCUGCUUAUUGACUUGGAUCAAACAGUUCUUCAUACCACUACCACACCUCAUGCAUUCCGCUAUAGGAACGUGCACCGAUUCAAUCUGGCUGGUUGCGAGAUGAUGUACCACACCCGAUUCCGACCUCAUUUGGGCAAAUUUUUGCGCCGUAUGGUGAAGCGAUUUCAGAUGCACAUCUGUACGUUCGGUAACCGCGCUUAUGCUCAUCAGCUAGCCAGUAUUCUCGACCCUAAGCGCAAGUACUUCUGUCAGCGCAUACUCUCCCGCGACGAGUGUUUCAAUCCUAUCACUAAAUCUGCUAAUCUCAGGGCCUUAUUUCCUAGAGGUGUUCAUCUCGUCUGUAUAAUCGAUGAUCGUGGUGACGUAUGGGAUUGGUCACCUAAUCUUAUUCAAGUUCAACCUUACAGAUUCUUCCCUGAGGUGGGAGAUAUCAAUGGACCGCCGGGGCGGCCACUUUCUAUGAUGCCGAUGCCAGAUUUCCGAGCCUUUAAUCCCCCUUCGCCUACGGGGACCUCAACUUCGACAGACACUACAAAUUCCUCAGAUGAGGAGGGACCAUCUUCAUCAAAUAUGUCCAAACUCGGAACCAUUGACAUCGACACAAAAUCGAGUGAUGAAACCAUCGAACCAUCCUUAGGUCAUCUAAUCUCCCCACCAAAAAAAUUGGAGGAAACGGUCCCAUCAAAGGUGGCAGGAGAGUCAUCGAUUUCUGUGGGACAUGACGCACCUUUGAACUCUGAAAAGUCAAAUGAUUCAAAAUGCACCAACAAUGAAAUUGAGAGGAAACCCUCGGUAGACUCUUCAAGGUCUGUUGACGAAAAGGAAACCAAGUCUAAAUUUCUAGCGGAAAGUUCAACGACAAAGAGUGAGGUCAAAGUUGUAGAAGAAGUAUUGGACUAUCCACCGUUAUGCGAGUCUCCACCCCCUCCACCACUGUCCCCAACCCAGUCAAUAUUUGAAAUGAGUGAGGAGGCUCUCGAUGCUUUUGACUCAGACUAUCUGCUUAGAUUGGAGGAGAUACUGACUGAGAUUCAUCGGCGCUACUACCGAGCCUAUGACAAGUACAUGGCAGAAGUGAAACAACGCAAGGCACAAAACAUACCUGUGGAGGAAGGUUCCAGGUGCGAUGGUUACUUCACCUAUUCUCUAUUCAUGCACGUUCUAAUGGUCACAUUUGCUUUCCAAUUCAACGAUAACUCUGAAUACUGUAGAAUUAGAUGGGCGUAUCUGCCUCGUUUCAUCAAACUGGUUCUUCAAGAUUUUUUUCGAAAUUACCUUCAAUUACGCCCCAGACUUUCGGGCAUUCCUCACGUGGCCAACGUGAUGUCACAGAUGCGAGCUCGAGUUCUUGGUCCCAACACUCACAUCACUCUCUCAGGACUGACACCACGCCAUCGACCAGCGUGCGAUUCUCUUGCUGGCCAAAUUGCUCUCGGCUUGGGCGCUACGCUCCACAACCGUCUGCGUCUGCCCAAACAACCGCUGGCUGUAUGUAAUAGAGCCAUUGGGUGA